GCAGGACUCCUAUUGCAGACUGACCAUAAAUUUUGUAUCAGCUUUCUUUAUCAUCAAAAAAUAUGGAGGGAGAAAAACCGCAGUUUGAGAAGAAGGUGAUGGUGGCCAUAGAUGAAAGAGAUUGCAGCUAUCAUGCACUCAUUUGGACGCUCAAACAUCUCAAGGAAUCAAUCACCAAGUCACCGUUUGUCAUCUUUGCCGCACAGCCACUUCCCAAUUCUAAGUACCAUAUAUUUGCGGCACAACUUGGGUUUGCUCGCAUGUAUUGUCUGGAGUCAGCCACCCCAGAUUGGAUAGACUUUGUUAAAGAGCAAAAUAGGAAAGUGUCGCUUGGUCUCUUGGAGAAAGCCAAAGGCAUCUGUACAAGCCAUGGAGUGAAAGUAGAGACAGUUACAGAGGUUGGGGAUCCUAAGGAGGCAAUAUGCAAUGCAGUUGAGAAUUACAAAAUCAAUUUACUUGUGGUAGGUGACCAAGCUGACGGAAUUCUCCAAAGGGUUUUUCAAGAGAGUUUAAGCAGCUAUUGUUUGAAGAAUGCCAAGUGCCCCGUUCUUGUUGUUAACAAAAAUGAUGUCCAACAAUAACAUUUAUAGCAACAUGUUUGUCCUUGCUCUUGUAUGAUAUUGUAAAUUAAAUGAAGUUGCUAAAAUUAUUAUUAUUAUUAUUAUUAUUAUAAA